AUGGUGUCCCAGCUGAGCGCCCUGCAACGGGAGCUCCUGGGUGCCCUGCUCAGCUCCGGAGUCACCAAAGAAGGGCUGAUCCGAGCUUUGGAGGACAUGGUGCCCACCGCCGGGUUUGGGGUGAAGCUGGAGAACCUGCCGCUCUCCCCCGGAGGGCAGCCCGACGGCAAAGCCACCUUCCCGCCGCUGGCCAACGGGCAUGGCAAGGGCAAACUCUCUGGCGACGAGGGCUCGGAGGACGGUGACGACUUCGACACGCCGCAAAUCCUCCGGGAGCUGCAGGCGCUCAACACAGAAGAGGCCGUGGAGCAGCGGGCCGAGGUGGACAGGAUGAUCAGCGAGGACCCGUGGCGGGCGGCGAAGAUGAUCAAGGGGUACAUGCAGCAGCACAACAUCCCGCAGCGGGAGGUGGUGGAUGUCACCGGCCUCAACCAGUCACACCUCUCGCAGCACCUUAACAAGGGCACCCCCAUGAAGACGCAGAAGAGAGCUGCCCUCUACACGUGGUACGUCCGCAAGCAGCGGGAGAUCCUCCGGCAGUUCAACCAGACAGUCCAGGGUUGUGGAACUAUGACAGACAAAGGCAGUCAGGAUCAGCUGCUGUUUCUCUUUCCAGAGUUCAAUCAGCAGACCCAAGGGGCUGCCCAGCUCGAGGAGGCCUGCUCCGAAACGCCCAGCAAGAAGAUGCGGCGCAAUCGGUUCAAGUGGGGGCCAGCCUCCCAGCAGAUCCUCUACCAAGCCUACGACCGCCAGAAGAACCCCAGCAAGGAGGAGCGUGAGGCGCUGGUGGAGGAGUGCAACAGGGCCGAGUGCUUGCAGCGAGGGGUGUCCCCCUCCAAGGCCCAUGGGCUGGGCUCCAACCUGGUGACCGAGGUCCGCGUCUACAACUGGUUUGCCAACCGGCGCAAGGAGGAGGCCUUCCGCCAGAAGCUGGCCAUGGACGCCUACAGCUCGGGGCAGCCCCCACACACCAUGAACCUGCUGCUCUCCCACGGCUCCCCCCACCACAACCAGCCCAGCACCUCACCGCCCAGCAAGAUGCCAGGAGUCCGGUACAGCCAGGCAGCGAGUGGUGAGGUGGCGUCCUCCGGGGCCAUCAGCCACCACGGCAGCGCUGCCAUGGUCACCACCAGCCAGGCUGUCCUGCAGCAGGUCUCCCCGGGCAGCUUGGACCCCAGCCACGGCCUGCUGUCUGCGGAGGGGAAGAUGAUCUCGGUUUCGGGGGGCGGGCUGCCCCCGGUCAGCACCCUGACCAACAUCCACAGCUUAUCCCACCACAACCCGCAGCAGUCCCAGAACCUCAUCAUGACGCCGCUGUCGGGAGUCAUGGCGAUCGCGCAGAGUCUGAACACAUCGCAGGCGCAGAGCGUUCCUGUCAUCAACAGCGUGGCAGGCAGCCUGGCCGCGCUGCAGCCGGUGCAGUUCUCGCAGCAGCUCCACAGCCCGCACCAGCAGCAGCUGAUGCAGCAGUCCCCCAGCCACAUGCCGCAGCAGCCCUUCAUGGCUACCGUCACCCAGCUGCAGAACUCGCACAUGUAUGCACACAAGCAGGAGCCCCCCCAGUACUCCCACACCUCCCGCUUCCCCUCGGCCAUGGUGGUGACGGACACCAGCAGCAUCAGCACGCUGACCAAUAUGUCUUCCAGUAAGCAGUGUCCCCUGCAAGCCUGGUGA